UAUGGACGAUGAUUUCACGGACUACGAAGUUCUACAUAAUUAUUAUGAGGAUGAAGAAGAAUUUGCCUCACCAACUCCUUCACCUUUUCCCGAACCAGUUGCCAAUUCCUGGGAAGUUUCACAAGUCCAGGAGAAAGACCAGAGAUCAUUUCCCGAAGAAAAAACAGAUUCUUCUAAUCAAGUUCAACAAAAGCUCCAGUCGGAAGCGAUUUCUCUAUUAAAAGAGAUAAACAAACCUAGAGAAGAAAAGACAUACGCAACUCUGACGUGUGAACUUGUGCGACAGGAUAUGGAGUCCUUGCCGGAUUUAGAGCAGCGUGCUUUACGCAAAGAACUCUUUGAACUGGUCGAUCGAUUCGUUGCCCGAAAUCGUGAUCGAGGUGCAGACUAG